AUGAGCGCCCCUCCUCCGCCUCCGCCCCAUGGCGAGGCACCCAAAACCACCGCCGGCUCCCCUCCUCCCGGCGCUGGCCUGGGCCCCGGCAACUACGACAUCUUUGUCAUCCCCCAGCGCGACAAGGGUGGCGGAUUCAUCUACCUGCCCUCUCUAGCACCCAACGGCCCCAGCUUCGCCGCUGGCUUCGCAUGCGCCCUCGUCCUCGUCGUCUUGUUCCAGAGCAUGGCUCCGGCUUUCAGGGCCUGGUGGGGAACCUACCAGGGCAUGGGCAACAUGGGCAUGACACUCCUUGUCAUUGCCGUCGGCGUCGGAGCAUGGGCAUGGGGAAAGUCGCAGAACCAGUCUUCUUCGUCUUCGAACAACGGCUCGAAUGCCAACUACCGCUCUGGUCCCAGCGGCUACGGUGCCGGCGCAAACUUCGGCGGUGGCUACGCAAACACGGGCCCGCCGCCGCCGCCUCCGCCUCAUGGCAACAGCCAAUACAACGGCCCUCCUCCGAACUCCCCGCCGCCGAACCACGGCGCAGGAAACGGCGGCCCUAGAUCUCAAUGGCAAGAACGACCACAGCCUCCACCUCCUCAGGAACCUGAAACUGAACCUGAGCCAGAGCCGGAACCCCGCAAGCCGGACCCUCCCCCGAAACCAAAGCCUGACCCGUCCAAGGGCGCCUGGGAAAAGGCCCGGGAGGAGACGAAGAAGCGCGAGCAGGAGCGCAAGGUGAAAGAGGAGGAGGAGCGCAAAAAAGCAGAGAUGGCGAGGAAGCUGAAGGAAUUUCGAGAAAGAGAGGCCCGCGAGCGCGCAAGACGAGACAGAGAGGAGCGAGAGAGAAGAGAGAAGCUGGAGCAGGAGAUACGCGAGAAGGAAGAUCUCAAGCAGAAGCUCGAGAAGGAGCGCCAGGAGAGGGAGAAGCUUCAGCGUGAAAAGGAGAAAGCCGAGCAGGAGGCCAAGGAGGCCAGAGAGCGUGAGGCCAAGGAGGCCAAGGAACGCGAGGCGAGGGCCGCCAAAGAAAAAGAAACCAAGGAGCGCGAGGAGGCGCGAAAGAAGGAGGCUGCCGAAGCGGCCGCCCGCAAAGCCCGCGUCGAAGCACAACUCGAGGCCUUCCGGAAGGCAAAGAAGGAGCGCGAAGAGGCAGAAAAGGCCAAGAAGGAACGCGAGGAAGCAGAGAGGGCCAAGAAGCUGGCCGAGGAAGAGGCUGCUGCCCGUAAAGCCAAAGAAGAGGCGGACCGCAAGGCUAAGCAAGCCGCUGAAGAGGCCGAGAAGAACAGUCGCAAGGGAAGUAGCUACGCCUUCUCGUCGGUCGGUGAGAAGACGAGUAUGUGGCCCAACGGCCGACCCCCUGUCCCCCCCACGACGGCGGCUUCGACGCCGCCAAGAGCACCCCCCUCUGCUUCAUCGUCCGCUCCCCCGAGACCUCCCCCUUCCGCCAGCUCGGUACCGCCAAGGUCGGCGCCGUCUGCGGCCUCAUCUUCGAACACAGCCAGACAACAACAGCCACCAAGGCCGUCAGCGCGGACAGUCGACGAAGACCAGCACUCGUAUCGACCUUACGACAAACCGAAACACAGACCGGCGUCUUCGAUCGGCUCGGAAUCGUCGUGGGCGCCGUCGGCCACGACGACGAGGACAACGCCGCCGCCCAGCAUGCGCGGCCCGUACACGACAAAGGACCCCGACAAGAUCGUCAUCAGGGCCGUGUACCUGUUCAUGAACCAGUUCGCCAAGACGCCGGCCAGCCAGCUCGUGUCGGGGUUCGGCACGGUGACGGACGGCCUCAUCCUCCGGAUCACGACGGAGGGCCUCUUCAUCGACGACGACGUCCGCGGCGUCCCACAGCGCGAAUGGGACGUCAAGGCGUGGACGCUAAAGCUGGUCGAGGUAUGGUGCCCCCCGCACUGCUUGAGUUCCAAUGCUGCUCCUGCCCCUGCGAAUUCUGCGAAUCAUCCCUCCAAUUUGUUUCAGAAGAUGGCGAACCAGCGAGCUCGUACGGCGGACAGGGGCGCCACCAAGGCGCUCACGGGCGACGAGGCCGACGCGUACCUGACCGAGAUGCUGCGUGCUUGCAAGAGUUGCUGUCGUCUUGGCUUGUGCGACACAAAGUUCAAAGAUACUAACGUGGCAUCUUCGACGGGACAGACCGGGGAGUGGAGGACCAAGAGCCUGCACGUACUGCGCGCCACGGUUCGGGACCAAGAGGGCAAGCGGUACAUGUUUGUCCUCGACGAGGAAGAGGCCUGGAAGGUGGCCGUGGGCGUCCAGCGUUUGCGUAAGGGCACGCAGGUACGCUCGCUGGGCGUCAGCGGCAUGAGCGCCUCGGAUGCCCGCGGCACGCUCGAGACCCUGGGCUGGUCAUGA